AUGGCUGGAAAUGGGGGCAAGUGGUGUGCCUGCCGGGGAAAGCUGGCAUCUCCAGCAUGGCCUUGGGUUAUCCGUCGGCAGCACGCUGCGAACAGCGCAAUUUUGUUCUCCCAAUUCUGCCAGCCGGCGACGGUCUCGAGACGACGAGCCCCCGCGGCAGUGCAGCAGGAGUGCCCGACCGAGUGGCUCGACCGAGCGCGCCCCUCCGUGUGCGAGCGGCAGCCAACGAAAACACGGUGCGCUGCAGGAAAGCCUCGGCGGCAGCGCGCUGCGAACCGCGCAGUGUUGUUUCUGCCAGCUGGCGACGGUUUCGAGACGACGAGUGCCCGACCGAGUGGCUCGACCGAGCACGCCCCGCCGUGUGCGAACGGCAGUCAACGAAAACACACGGUGCGCUGCAGGAGAGCCUCGGGCGUCCGC